UGCUUCCCGAGCCCGCCCUUCCCACUUCCUCCGGGCGCCGCGCCCUCGGAGGCCGCUUUUCCACCGCUCCAAGCUCGAUUAAGGCUGUGGGUCCACUGUGGGCAGAUGGAAGGGACGGAGACCCGACAUCGGAGGCUGGAAGGUUGUGCCAGGCCAGAGGAGCCAGGACUGCCAUCCUCUGUCAGCACAGGAAGACUUGCUGAGGAAUCAGAAGAUGUGCAAGUGGUGGCCCCUGUGGCUCCUCAACCACUGGAGGUUGAGCCCAGCCAGGAGACUGCCUUGGCCGUUGGCAUGCAGGUGAUAGUGCCCUUCCUGUUUGCAGGCCUGGGGCUGUCAUGGGCUGGCAUGCUCCUGAACUACUUCCAGCACUGGCCAGUGUUCACAGAAGUUAAAGACCUUUUGACGUUGGUGCCGCCACUGGUGGGCCUGAAGGGGAACCUGGAAAUGACCCUGGCCUCACGACUCUCCACUGCGGCCAACACCGGGCAAAUUGAUGACCCCCAGGAAAAACGCAGAGUUAUCAGCAGCAACCUCGCCCUUGUGCAGGUGCAAGCCACCGUCGUGGGGCUCCUGGCUGCCAUGGCUGCCCUGCUGCUGGGCACCGUGUCUCGGGAGGAGCUGGACUUGGCCAAGGUGGCCUUGCUGUGCGCCAGCAGUGCCAUCACCGCCUUCCUUGCCGCCUUUGCCUUAGGACUGCUCAUGGUCUGCAUAGUGAUCGGUGCUCGAAAACUGGGGGUCAACCCAGACAACAUUGCCACACCCAUUGCGGCCAGCCUGGGAGACCUCAUCACACUGUCCAUUCUGGCCUUGGUUAGCAGCUUCCUGUACCAACACAGAGAUACCUGGUACCUGACACCACUGGCCUGCGCGGGUCUUAUGGCUCUGAUCCCGCUCUGGGUGGUCAUUGCCAAGCAGAACCCGCCAAUCAUGAAGAUCCUGAAGUUUGGGUGGUUCCCCAUUGUGCUGGCCAUGGUCAUCAGCAGUGUUGGAGGGCUCAUCCUGAGCAUGACCGCAUCGAAGCAGCAGUACAAAGGCAUGGCCAUAUUUACGCCUGUCAUGUGUGGAGUUGGUGGCAACCUGGUGGCCAUCCAGACCAGCCGGGUCUCCACCUUUCUACACAUUUGGAGCACCCCUGGUGUUCUCCCUCUCCAGAUGAAAAAGUUCUGUCCGAACCCCUGCUCUACUUUCUGUACCUCAGAAACCAAUUCCAUGUCCGCCCGAGUCCUGCUCUUCCUGGUGGUCCCUGGUCAUCUGAUUUUCUUCUACAUCAUCUACCUGGUAGAAGGCCAUUCAUUGAUAAACAGCAAGACCUUUGUGGCGCUGUACCUGCUGGCAGGCCUGGUCCAGGUGACUAUCCUGCUGUACCUGGCAGAGGUGAUGGUUCGGCUGGCCUGGCACCAGGCCCUGGACCCUGACAACCACUGCAUCCCCUACCUCACGGGACUGGGGGACCUGCUGGGCACUGGCCUUCUGGCUCUCUGCUUCUUUCUGGACUGGCUACUGAGAAGCGAAGUAGAGCUGAGUGGCCUCUCAGAACUGGCCUCUGGGCCACCCUGAUGAGGCUGGUCACCUCCAUGUGCGCAGUGGCCAUUUCCCUUACACCAAUGGGGCCAGCGGCCUGGUCUCCCCUGCGGGAUGGGCCUGGCCCUGCAGUGGCCUCUGGUCAGCCGUGAAGGAGGCUCGCUCGCUCGCUUGCACGGUGGCACUGCAGCUCUAGCUGAGCUGAGGUAGAACCCUGGGCCAGGAGCCUGGCCCACAAGGCUGGUGUGAGGGCCACGUGUGUGCAGCGCAGGCAGGUCUGGCUGGAGGCGCAGCCUGUGCUCUGGGGUGUUUAUUCUGGCAUGCACCACGCUGGGGUAGGACAAGAGGAGGGAGCACCCUGGCGCUGCCCUGCACCCCACUGACCCCACAGCAGUGUCCCUGUGAGCGCGGCUCCUCCCGCGGCUCCCAGCAUUCCGCUUGGCCUCUGCUUGCUUUUGUUUUCCUUUUUCUUUCUUCUUUGUUGUUUUUUAAAAAAGUAAAACCUCUGCUUAGAGUUCCAUUUCCAGAGAAGUAUAAAAUAAAAUAUAGGUGAUAUUGUAUGUGACUCCUCAGAUCCUUUAAAGGUAGUUAAUGUGACCUCCAGACUUGGAGUCUCUGAGA